UGAGUCGGUGACUUGAGGAAAGUUAUUGACUCCAAUCGCGCACUCUAAGUUUUGUCAGGAACUCAGCAACGUUAAAGAUUUACACACUUACAUUAAACUCGUAUUUAAUAUUUAACACUAUGAAACAAGAAAAUUCAUGACAGGAUGUGCCAAUCCCGUCGAAGAAAGAUAUGAAAUUUUGGUUUUUCUAAGAAAAUCAUAUUUUCUUUGGCACCGCCAGUCAGAGGUUACAAGAAGCAAGACACUGUGGCGACAGGUUCUGCCAACUUCUUCUGUCAUCAUGGAGCAAGGUGAUCCUAAUCUUCCAGGCCCAUCAGGCUAUGUUUCUGGAGUAAAAGACAAAAAGAGAAAUCGCAGGAAGGGUAUUCCACAGAGGCUUAGUCAUUUUGCCGAGAUACUAGAAGAGUCAUCUGAUGAGGACCCUGUACAACCCAGCAAUAGUUUAUUUACGGCGCAUAUGCCAGUGUUUUCUUCAUCAAAAAGCCCAACAAAGCGGAAACGAGACGGGAGUUAUAAGGAAGGCGUGCAUGCUGAAGCAGAGACAGAUAUUCUGCUGAAAAGAGACGAAGGUAAGGGGACAAUUAUAUGGGCACCCAAAGAUUCGCAUAGCUUGGCCUUGAAUCGUGAAGAUUGUCAAGAGACCAAAAGAAUCUCACGAAGCGUCCACUUGAACGAGUAUUUUGAUAUUAGAGCAAAAGGAAAAUUCAUCUCAAAAUCGUUGGACGAGGAAUGCGAUACUGGUAUUUGUGAUGAUCUCAAAGGGGUGUGGUUUAGAACGGGACGAGUGAGUGGACAUAACAAGUAUGGAAAUGUAAGGUUUGUCAUUCAAAUGAACACUUUACUGCAGUAUCUGAACGAGAAAGCCGUUUUCAAAUUCUAUUUGUAUGAAGUAUUCCAGUCAACAAAUCAUUGCGCAAGUCGCUUCAUUAUUGCGGAAGAUAGGGAUCAUCAGAUUCCCGGCGAUCUAAUGCCUUACGAUUACAGCGUUCCAGGUGGACCUUGGCAUGCAGAGCAAAAUGACAGGGGGAUACUGGUUCACAAGGUCGCUAAUGCAAUUAGGGCUUAUAAAUCUGCCGAAAAGUACCCUUUAAAACACGAAGUUGAGUUCUUCUUGAAGGGACGUGAAAACAUAUAUGCAGAUCUUUAUUUGUAUGUCCAUCCAAUUCCGGAAAACCACAGCGAAGCAAAUGACAGUGAAGGAAUGUGCUACAAGUAUCAGUCGGUAACUUGUCCAAGAUCAUCAUCUCCUUGUCCAUAUGCCUUACCCAAAGCUUCAGCCUCCCUGGAAAUAGAGGAGGACUGGACUCUCGAAACAUUUGCGAUGUACACAGUAUGGAUGAUUCAAAAACAAGUAGAGGAGAAACUGUUGUGUCUUGGUUGCAACGAAGAAGUCUUGCAAACUUACGGUAAUGACAUGAUACCGAUUUUGUUGAAGGUGAUGAUGCAGAAAGCCAGGCAAAUGUUCGCAUUUGUCUUGAGCAGAAAUCGCGAUGAUUUGGAAGGUGAAGGAAAACGUUUCGAAUGGGACAGACGAGUAAAUAUAAUGGAAGAGCAUAAACAGAUGUUAGAAGUUGUCAAUAAGCAUGUUGAUGAAUACAUAGAUGUGUUGAGAAACUAUAUACUUUGCGAGAAAACUUUUGCCCACAUGGCUGAAUCGGGAAAAAUGGAACUUCAUAUGGCCCAGAUGGUGGAAUCCAUGACUGAGGAACUUUACGAAAUAGUUCACAAUGAUAUUGAAAACCUAGCUGUUGAGAUGAGGAAUGCUUUGCAGAAAGAAAUGGUGGAAAAAUAGAUGGGAAGCAUGUUGGAGGAGAGAGUUCAUAGCUUGAAACCCAUUCUAAGGUUUUAUAAUGUGACUAAAUUGGGUUUAAAUCUAUUAGAUAUUAACGUUCGUAUUUGAUUUUAUAGUCAUUCCUUCUGUUAAGAGUCUUUUAAAUAAAGUUCAUUGCCAAGCAACUUAAUCUACGUUUUGAUAAGCUAUGCUAAACUUAUGCUUCCAAUUGGUAUUCUCCUUUUUAGUAUUAUGAAAUUUGUUGUAAUGCAGCUAGCACUUUUAUACAAGUUCAUGAAGAUAUAGGUAAACUGAAAAUUCUGAAAUCCAUGUUUUGACGUUGAUAAAUUGUGCAAGUGGUGAAAGAUCAUUUCUAAUAAGUUUCGUAAAGGUUACUGAUAGGAAAAGUGAAUGGGCAAAAUGUGCACACUUAAUUCACAGCACUUAACCAAUCCAAGGCAAGAAAGAACCCUAAAACUUUCAAGUUGAAAUAAAUUUCUCCCUGAAAAUAAGUUAUGCGACAAAAGGAACAUAGAAACGUCUUAUUACGUAGUGGUGUGCAAGUUGAUCUCUUCAAACUUUUGUGAUAAUGAUUAGUGUAAAAUAUCGUCCUAUGUCAUUGUAUCCAGUGGGGACAUAUCUAGUUUUGGUGGAUGUUGCAGCAGAAAAAAAUAUAUUGUAUACAGCAGACUCAA